AUGGAUAUCAAAGUGAUAUCAAGAGAUAGUCCGUUAACUACUAUAUAUUGUGCUAGAAUAUCUUGAAUCAUAGAUUUAAACUCUGAGGUUGUGACCUUAGAUUAUAAUUUAUCAAAAAGGCUGUCAUUAUUAAGUUUUUAGAAGUUUAAAAUUUUUUUAAGAUUUAUCUUUAUUGUUAUAGCUGAAUUUUAAACGGUUUACGUUGGAUUCAUCUCUAAUAUUCCCUUGUUGAUUUUCCUUUGCAUUUCCUCCCCUUCCACUGAAUUAGCAGAAUUUCUACCUUUAGAUGAUCAAUUCUCCUAUUAAAAUCAAAUUCAAAUCUAUACAAACAUUUUCUUUGCAGUUUUAGGGUAUCAUACUAAUUUAAACAAUAUAGCCUAUUAAUUAUGGCAUCCUCACUACAUCAGAUAGAUUUUUUGAAUAUCCUAAACCUAUUGAAAAGUUUUAAAGACAAGGGGACUUGAAUUCAAUCAUGUUUUUAAGGUUUAUGUAUUACUUCAUGUCUUUUUGAGUUCCUAUACGCAUCAAAACCUUUUAAAGUCAAAUACUCUACAAUUAUCUUACUAACAUUACGAACCACUCUUGGGUUUGUUGUUGCUAUUGUACCUUUUAUAUUGCCUCAAAGCGCUACUUGGUGUGAUUUAAUCAAUAUAAAGAGGAUAUGUAAAAUUUAUAAUAAUUAUUAAUUUAGUUUCUAAGGGUUCAAUCGGGUUGUUUUAACUGUUGUCAUUGUAACAUCUUAUUUUGGAUUCUUUUUCUAAACUCUUCUUUAAAGAUGUAUACCAUCAAUGUAUAAAAUAACACAGAAUCAAGAACAAUAUUUCACAACAAAUAUAACAACUUUGA